UGAAGCCUGGCAGAGCCGGAGGCCGGGAGGAGGCGGUGGGACUGAGGCUUGGGUGCGAGUCGGGCCCCGGGUGAGGGACCGGGCAGCCAGCCUCCAGGGCUCGCCAGGGCCUGGCCGGGCCCGGGACCGAGGAACCCGCUUCCUACCGGCGCUUCCGCCUUGGCUUCCUCGGCGCCACUGCGCAUGCCCGCGGUGGGUUGCUCCUGAAGCCGCUGUUCUUUUCGGUUUUUUGUUUUGUUUUGUUUUGGGUUUUUUGUUUUGUUUUUUGUUUUUUUUGCUCGCGCUUGCCAGUUUCUCAAAUUCUCAAAUCACCUUCGACCAUGAGCGACUGGAUGCCCAUUGCCAAGGAAUAUGACCCACUUAAAGCUGGCAGCAUCGAUGGCACAGAUGAAGACCCUCAUGACCGUGCUGUGUGGAGGGCCAUGCUGGCCCGCUACGUGCCCAACAAAGGCGUUACCGGAGACCCCCUCCUUACCCUGUUUGUGGCCCGGCUGAACUUGCAAACCAAAGAGGAGAAGUUAAAGGAAGUCUUCUCCCGCUAUGGUGACAUCCGGCGCCUGCGGCUGGUUCGGGACCUGGUGACCGGCUUCUCCAAAGGCUACGCCUUCAUCGAGUACAAGGAGGAGCGGGCCCUGCUGAAGGCCUACCGCGACGCCGACGGCCUGGUCAUCGACCAGCACGAGAUCUUCGUGGACUACGAGCUGGAGCGCACCCUCCGUGGCUGGAUCCCUCGGCGGCUGGGCGGUGGGCUGGGUGGGAAAAAGGAAUCUGGACAACUGAGGUUCGGGGGCCGGGACCGGCCUUUCCGGAAACCCAUCAACCUGCCCGUUGUGAAGAACGAGCCGCACAGAGAAGGAAAAAGAGCAUGGAGGGAGCGAUCUCGAUCCCGGGACAGGCACUGGGACCCCAGGCCCAGGGAGCGGGACCAUGACAGGGGCCGAGAGAAGCGCUGGCCGGAGAGGGAGCUGGCCAGGGUGUGGCCUGAGAAGGACUGGGAACGAGAGAGGGGGUUCAGGGAGGACAGGGCCGAAGGCAGGGACAAGGGGGGCAGGAGCAAGUAGCCAGCGGAGGCUCGGAGGCUCCCCAGGGGCCUCUGGGCAUCAGACUGGGCCUGUCCCCUUUCCGCAGGCAGGCAGGCAGACCUAAGAGCCUAUGCCUUUGCAGUAUUGAGGCUUGAACUGGAGAACAUGGCAUGCUGGGUAAGUGUUCCACUGCAGGGCCACAAAGGGAGGGGAGGCAGCUGUAUGAGAAGUCACCUGUCCUCUGCGGAAAUAAAUGUUUUCACGUG